AUGAGAAAGUGGCAGAAGAAUGGUUUUCGUACCGAUCGCCGCACUCCUGUUGCAAACUCUGACCUCCUGAAGUCGCUGAGCAAAAUGGUCAAUUUGAUCCAAGAUGACCUGAGUGUCUCGGUGUAUUUCUGGCAUGUCCCAAGAUGUUUCAACAAAGAGGCCGACAGGUUGGCCAAAGAAUCCCUGACAGCUGGCAACAUCAAGGAUUUUGAAGUGGAGUUCUGA